UCGUGGUGUCGCGGUCCUCGGCGAAACCAGGGGCCGAGAGCGGGCGGGCGGGAGCAGAGGACGGCGCGGCGGCUGCGGGCGCUGGAGGUGGAGCCCGGGCGGAAGAGGGGCGGCCGGACUGCGCCAGAGGCUGGGAGCGAGUACGGGGAGCAGGCGCCCGCGCGCCCACGGUGGCAGGAGCCGCCCGCACGCCGCGCGCUCUCUCUGUGAGGGACCUGCAGUUGCAAUAUGACUUUGGAGGAAUUCUCGGCUGGAGAGCAGAAGACCGAAAGGAUGGACAAGGUGGGGGAUGCCCUGGAGGAGGUGCUGAGCAAAGCCCUGAGUCAGCGCACCAUCACCGUCGGGGUGUACGAGGCGGCCAAGCUGCUCAACGUGGACCCGGAUAACGUGGUGCUGUGCCUGCUGGCGGCGGACGAGGACGACGACAGGGAUGUGGCGCUGCAGAUCCACUUCACCCUGAUCCAGGCGUUCUGUUGCGAGAACGACAUUAACAUCCUGCGCGUCAGCAACCCGGGCCGGCUGGCGGAGCUCCUGCUCCUGGAGACCGACGCCAGCCCGGCGGCCAGCGAGGGCGCCGCGCAACCGCCGGACCUGCACUGCGUGCUGGUGACGAACAUGUCUGAGCACGUUGGAGGCAGCCAGCAGCGGAAGAGAUCCCUAAUCCACAUUCAUCGCAAUGGAAGGAUCCUGCCUUAAGCCAACUUAUUUGUUUCUGCCGGGAAAGUCGCUACAUGGAUCAGUGGGUCCCAGUGAUUAAUCUCCCUGAACGGUGAUGGCAUCUGAAUGAAAAUAACUGAACCAAAUUGCACUGAAGUUUUGAAAUACCUUUGUAGUUACUCAAGCAGUUACUCCCUACACUGAUGCAAGGAUUACAGAAACUGAUGUCAAGAGGCUGAGUUCAACUACAUGUUCUGGGGGCCCGGAGAGAGGUGACUUUGCAGCUGGCAAGAGGUGAAAAUGAAGAAGGAAGCUGUGUGGAAACAGAAAUACAAAUCAAAAGGAACACAAAUUACCAAGAACCACGCAGGAAGGAAAACUAUGUAUUAAUUUAGGAUGGUUGAGUUACA